UUCAAACGUGCCAAGGGUGUAAAUGUCGAGGUUUUCCGGAUUCUGGUCACCAGCAGGACGCAGUGCACAGCUACGGUGACUGUAGAUGUGCCCAGCCCUGCGGCGCGGAGUCAGCGCGUCAAGUCUCAGCAGGUUCCAGGGUCACGUGUGCAACUUCUUUGCUUGUUUCAAAAUAAAAACUAAGAAGUUCGCGCAGAGUCCUGAGUCUAGUGGGGAAAACGCAGGUAAGCGGCCAGCUCAUCCUACCUGCGUCCCUCCUUUACGGCUCCCCGGGUCCCUUCCGGGCAGCUCCGCCGUCCACACCUAGCGCGGCCCUCACAGAAUCGUUCCGGGCGUCAGUGCAUCUUCGCCUCCGACGCCCCUAGGCCAAACCGCGGAUUCUGGCUGGGGAUGGAAACAGACAAAAGUAGUUGCGGCAGGAAUCCUCCGGCCGGCAAGACCACUGUCCAACGUGACUCACACGCCGGCGCUUCCAUCUCUGUCUCGGCGGUGAAAUAGUCAUGCCUGCCCCAGUGUGCGCUCGAUGGCUCGGCGGGCGGCCGGCCGGACUGAGUGCGGGUGGUGCCGGGCUCCACCACAGCUCCCGGCCGCUCCACGCCCCGCCCUCGCCCUGCCGUCGCCGCGGGAGCCGGGUGUGCCUUCCGAGCGAGCCGUCACGUGGGGAUCGACGCGAGCCGAGGGUCUGUGCAGCCGGGGCCGCGGGGAGAGACCACGCCCGGCCUUCCCGGAGCAGCGCAGAUUUUCACUGUUAGGUACGUUUGCUGAUGUUUAUAAAUGAGACGUGUGACCCGCUAGGAGAACUUGCUGCAAGGAUGGAACUGGCUCACAGCUUGCUGCUGAAUGAAGGCGCACACCAGCAGCUCGGUGAAGUGCGGAAGGCUGAGUUUGUCUUUGAGUGGUUGAGGAACUUGGAGACUCUCUUGCUCACGGCCAGCAGGAGUGAUGUAAGAGAGAAACAGAAGACUCUUGUUGAACAGCUCCUGUCUUUAUUGAACAGCUCCCCAGGGCCUCCUACUCGCAAACUCCUUGCCAAGAAUCUAGCCAUACUUUAUAGCAUUGGAGACACAUUUUCUGUGUACGAGACAAUCGACAAGUGUAAUGAUCUUAUUCGUAGUAAAGAUGAUUCUCCAAGUUAUCUUCCCACGAAACUUGCUGCUGUGGUCUGUUUGGGCUCCUUGUACAGGAAGUUGGGUAGAAUACUGGGUAACACCUUUCCUGACACAGUGGGGAAUAUCCUCAAAGCUAUGAAGAGUGCAGAG